AGCCCAGCAGGGUACAGUUUCAAAGAGAAUCGGUCAUAAUGUAAAUAUGACCCAUUUUCCAUUCAUUAAUCCCAGUCAAAGUCAUUGAUUUCAGAGUGUGAUCAGCCGAUGCUUGCAUGUUGGAGCCUUCAUCACCGGGACCGGAUCACCCCCCCCCCCCUGCUGUCUCUCCUGAGAAGGUGAAGCCUUCAGAAUAACAGCUCUGCCGCUAUGAGACGAAUAACGGGCAAGACGAAGGAUGAAACUUUGAUCGAACUGCAGAGCGCGACAGAAUCACAGACAGGAGAUGAAAAUGGUGGCAAUAGUGUGAGUUCAUUAUCUGAAAGAGCGACACUGCCUGGGCAUGCAGAGACAGAAAAGUUGCAACCAAACAAGGACACUGUGUUCUUCAGGGAUGGGGUACGGAGAAUAGACUAUGUGUUGUCUUAUGUGGAUGAUAAAGAUGGAGAAAAGAAACAGGAGAGGAGGAGGGAGUUUGAGGCCAACCUUGAGAAACAAGGUCUGGAGCUGGAGACUGAAGACAAAUCAGACUCCAAGGACCAAAAGACAUAUUUCCUGAAGAUCCAUGCUCCAUGGGAAGUACUGGCGACCUACGCUGAUGUCUUAAAGAUUAAAGUUCCCUUCAAAUUGAGUGAUAUCCCCCAUGGUCAUGAUGUCCCCCUGGAGUGGCUCUCGCAUCCUUUCCGUCUGCCAGAUCACAUCAUGCGCCCACAACCGGACUACUUUACCUACUCCUUCGACAAGAACAAGACCGACUUCUUCCUUAUCAAUGACAAGGAUACCUUCUUCCCACCUUCCACAAGAAACAGAAUCGUGUUCUACAUCCUGGCUCGUUGCCCGUACUACAAAGAGGGUCGGAAAGAAAGAGACAAGACGGGAAUCAAACGACUACUCAGCAAUGGGACGUAUACGGCAGCCUUUCCUCUUCAUGAUUGUCCAUACUGGAAAAGGGCAAGAAAUGCUGAAUGCGAGAGUGAGCGUUACAACUUGUAUAAACACUGGGCCCGGUUCCUCUGCUUUUACAAGGAGCAGCCUCUCAACCUCAUCCGGAAGUACUAUGGGGAGAAGAUUGGGAUCUACUUCGCCUGGCUGGGCUUCUACACAGAGAUGCUGUUCUUUGCAGCUGUCAUGGGCGUCAUAUGUUUCACCUAUGGAGUGCUCAGUUAUGAUGACAACAGGUCAAGCAAAGAAAUAUGUGACCCCGACAUUGGAGGCAGUAUCGUGAUGUGUCCACUUUGUGAUAAAAAGUGCCCUUUCUGGAAGCUCAACUCUACAUGUCUCUCAUCCUGGCAAUCCCAUCUGUUUGAUAAUGAGGGAACGGUAUUCUUUGCCAUAUUUAUGGGGAUUUGGGUGACUCUGUUUUUGGAGUUCUGGAAACGGCGUCAAGCCCGUCUGGAGUACCAGUGGGACUUGGUGGACUUUGAAGAGGAGCAGCAACAGCUUCAAAUCCGACCCGAGUUUGAGAUCAGAUGCACCAACAAGAGACUCAACAAGAUCACUCAGGAAAUGGAGCCAUAUCUUCCUAUCUCAAGCAAGUGUGCUCGUUUCUGUCUCUCCGCUGCCACCGUUAUAUUCUGGAUCUCUCUGAUUGUGGCUUGUAUAAUCGGGGUCAUAGCGUACAGAUUGGCCGUUCAUGCUGCCUUCGCGAGUAUCAUUAAAGACCCCAUGAGAAAGAUCCAGGUGGUGGGCAGGUUCAUCACUCCACAGCUCGCCACUUCUGUCACUGCCUCCUGCAUCAACUUUGUCAUCAUCAUGAUCCUCAACUUCUUUUAUGAGAGGGUGGCCGUCUGGAUCACUGACAUGGAAAUCCCAAAGACCCACCUGGAGUAUGAGAACAGGUUGACCAUGAAGAUGUUCCUCUUCCAGUUUGUCAACUACUACUCAUCGUGCUUCUACGUGGCCUUCUUCAAAGGCAAAUUUGUCGGUUAUCCUGGUGACUACUCAUAUAUGUUCGGCAAAUGGAGCAAACUAAGGAAUGAGGAGUGUGACCCCGGAGGCUGUCUGAUUGAGCUCACCACACAGCUGGUCAUUGUUAUGGCUGGAAAACAACUGUGGGGGAACAUUCAGGAAGCUCUGCUGCCGCUGAUGCGUAACUGGUGGAGUAACAGAAAAGGACGGCACCAUCCUGAGACCCAUUCCAGUCGCUGGGAGCAGGACCACGGGCUGCUGAACUUCAGCCAGCUUGGAUUGUUUUAUGAGUACCUGGAGAUGGUGAUCCAGUUUGGUUUCAUCACUUUGUUUGUGGCCUCUUUUCCUCUGGCUCCGCUCCUGGCUCUGUGCAACAACAUCCUGGAGAUCAGGGUGGACUCCUGGAAGUUCACAACCCAGUUUAGACGACCGGUGGCGUCCAAGGCCCGAAACAUUGGAGCGUGGCAGGAAAUCCUCAACGCAGUGGCCAUUCUGUCUGUUGUUACCAAUGCUUUCAUCAUGGCGUUUACUUCCGACAUGAUCCCCCGUAUGGUCUUCCUGUAUGCCUAUGGUAAAGAUGCCAGCAUGAGUGGCUACGUUAACAACAGCCUGUCAAUAUACAACAUCUCUCAGAUACCCGAUGACAACAUGCCUGAGGAGGGAGGCAACUGGUUUGAUAACACGACUUCCACCUGCAGGUACCGUGACUACCGUUACCCUCCAGGCCACGCGAGGGAAUACACUCACACCAUGCAGUUUUGGCAUAUCCUAGCAGCCAAAAUGGCCUUUAUUAUUAUAAUGGAGCACGUCGUCUUUGUGGUGAAGUUCUUCGUGGCGUGGAUGAUCCCGGACGUCCCGUCAGUUGUGAAGGCUCGGUUCAAACGAGAGCACUACCUGAUUCACGAAUACAUGCAUAACUACGAGGUGGAGAAGGUCAAAAUCCAGAUGAGUGCCAGUUUCAUGACAGAGCAACCAUCAGAAGUAUCCUCAAUGACAGACAAACAAGAAGUGUUGUCUGAGUGCCUGGAGCCUCCUUCCUGAAAACUACUAACUAACCAAGCCGAGAAUGGACACGUGUGAGAGUCUUCUCCUCACUGACAGCAUCCAUAUACACAGAUUCUGUCUUUGGGAUAAAAAUGAUAUUAUCUUUUCUUGCUGGAUGGACUCCUAUAUUAGGAUCUGUGUAAAGGCAUCAGAAAUUCAAAUGCAACAUCUCACUUUGCUUAAAAUUAGCCACCCGAGCGGCUGCAACACUCCUGUGCCAUAUAAAGAAGGUUUGAAAACAACAGAAGAAGGCUAAAAAAAAAAGUGUGAAUUGUUGAAAAUGUAAAAUGAGUUAUAAUUACCCUUUAAAGAGAUGGCUAUCAUAUCAUUAAUUAAAUGUUUUGCAUGUGAUUUCUCUUGUGAGGAAACAAGAUUAAGGGCUUUUUAGAAAAUAUGUCAGUGUUAAGGAGUUUUAAAAACAUCAUAUCAUUUAAGGGAUAUAUCCUAAACAGCACCUAUCUUUAAGUCUUAACUGUAUCGGCUUAUAAUAAUUAUUUUUAGUUUCGUUGCUGCAUAAUGUUUAGAUCCACUGAUCUAUAGCUGGGCUAUUAGAUUUUUGAGGUAAUUAUGUUUAUGCUCUUUCAAACUGUAAAUUGGAAAACCAAUUACCUCCAUUAUAGUGCAGUGAUACUGUAACAAUCAGAAGUGUGUAUCAUUCCAGCCUGAGUUGAUAGCAUAGUGAGACAACAGCUGCACGCUUAUCUUCCAGAUGUAUUUCCAACUUGCUGCAGGACCAAUUAUACGAUUUUUACAAAAAGAAAAGCCGACACAUAGAAAAUCUCAUGACAGAUUUUCUCUUUUAGUACAAUCAGUCUAUGUGUGAAUGUUGACCGUGUGUUGGCUUUAUGGCUCCAAUUGUUAUACAUAGAUAACAAAUGGCCUAUAUUCCUGUUUAACAUUAUUUGUGUCUCCACAUGUUUUUGGCAUAACAAACCUUCAGAGAUGAUCAGACAGUUGGAGAACUUGGUUUGGUACAAUGUAAGUGAGCAUAUCAGUAAAAGUUGAUGACAUUAGGUAACCUACUCUUUGGUGUUGCUGUAGAUAUAAAGAAAAUAUCAUAUAUUUAAAUUGGUUAUUGAACAACUAAUUUAUUGAUAUGCUUCUGAUUUGUAGUCUGAAGUUUUUGUAUUAAGAAGAGUAACUUAAUAUCCUCUUUAAAUUUGUAUUCAUCAAAUCAUAAAUGGCCAUCAACCAUGUUAGUUCAGUCCGUUCUUCAAGUAACUUUUAUGUAAUACUACAAGGGACCAGGUGCAUAAAAAACCCUCCAAAGAGAUAUAUAACUAAACAGUAUCUAUUUAUGAGAUACAAGAUCACUUCAUUUAUUCUUAUUAUUUCAGGUUUACCAGGUUUUUCUUUGUUUUAUAUUGAAACUUCUUUGUAACUUGACUUGCUACAUGAUGCAGUUGUAAUUUCAGCCAUCAUCUAUCAUAUUUGACAUUUAAAAACCAAGUCUCAUUUACUCGCAUCUCAGGAUCAAUCAUGAGCAUCACUUACGUAAAACAGUAUACGCAGAUAUCAGAUGUGUGCAGAGCGUGAUCCUGCAGCAUAAUGUAUUUCCAAACAAACAAAUGCCUUAAACCUCUGCUUACUCGUUUUUGUAUGCUUCUGUAAUGCCAAAGAUUCCAAUCUGAAUUCAAAACCUGUUUCAUGUAAGUCAUCAUUGCAAAGUUGCUGUUUUGUCUAAUUUGAUGUGCAUGAAUUGCUGGAAAUGUUUGUCAAUUAUAUUCUAAUUUCACUGUAGCCUAUUGUACAAUUAAUAUUCACGAUACAUAAAUA